UAUGAUGAUGCAGAACAAAGACAACAUGAAAGGAAUGGUCCUGAACAAGAAGCACAACGACAACAUGAAAGGAAUGGUCCUGAACAGGAAGCACAAAUACAACAUAAAAGGAAUGGUCCCGAACAUGAAGCACAAAGACAACAUGAAAGGAAUGGUCCUGAACAAGAAGCACAAUUAAAUCUUUCGAUCUUGCAAACAAAUCAAAAUGGAAAUGCAAUUGAAGAUGAUGAAGACAAUGACAUUCACAGUGAGUUAGCUGAAUUUGAAUAUGGUUCAAGUCUAAGUGAAGAUUAUUGGGACAUCGAUGAUCCAAGAUGGAGUUGUCGACAUUGUGGUGCCAUGAUGUGGUACGAAGAACGACUCGAAAAACAUCGUAAUUCUGAAAACCCAAAGUUCUCAAUGUGUUGUUUGCAGGGAAAGGUUUCUCUUGAUAAACUAUUAGAUCCUCCGCCAAUUAUUAGAGAUCUCUUUCUAAACAAUGAUAGAAAAAGCAAGCAUUUUUUGAAGCAUAUCCGUUCUUUCAAUAUGAUGUUUUCAUUCACAUCUAUGGGAGGUAAAAUUGUCAAUGAUAUAAAUGAUGGGAAUGGACCCCCAAUGUUUGUAAUGAAUGGUGAGAAUUAUCAUCAAAUAGGAAGUUUGCUGCCACCUCUUGGAUCGAAACCAAAGUUUGCUCAAUUAUAUAUAUAUGACACAGAGAAUGAAAUUAAUAAUCGAAUGGAUUCCGUUAGAAUGGAAAAUGACAGAUCAUCAUUGAGGGCAUCUAUUAUUAGUGACAUCAAAGAAGCACUUGAUGAGUGUAAUCCAUAUGCCAAAACUUAUAGGAUGGUCCGUGACAAGCUACAAGAAGAAAAUGUUCACCAUUUGAAAUUAAGGCUUAUAAGUAAAAGAGGACGUGAUUGUCGAACACAUAAUCUGCCAACUGCAUCUGAAGUGGCAGCACUUAUUGUGGGUGAUUUUGAUUCUGCAGAUGCUGAACGGGAUAUUAUCGUAGAGGAGAGAUCGGGGCUUUUGCAACGUGUUUAUUUGACAAUGCCAUCGUAUCUACCUUUACAGUAUCCAAUUUUGUUUCCACAAGGAGAUGAUGGAUUUCAUCCAGGAAUACCAUUAAAGUUCUUUAAUGAGACCACAAAUGCUAGACAAAAAGUUUCAGUCAGAGAGUGGUUUGCAUAUAGGAUUCAAUAUAGAGAGUCAGAGCAUCCACUUUUACUACUUUCUAGAAGACUGUUUCAGCAAUUUUUGGUUGAUGCAUAUAGCAUGGUAGAGUCUUCAAGAUUGAAUUGGUACAAAACACAUCAAAAAGACGUAAGAGCUGAGAUGUACAAGGGACUUACAGAUGCCAUACUUCGCGGAGAAACUGAUGCUGCAAAUGCAGGAAAAAGGAUAGUUUUGCCAUCGUCUUUUACAGGUGGUGCACGUUAUCUAAUUCAGAACUAUCAUGAUGCCAUGGCAAUAUGUAGAUGGGCUGGAUAUCCCGAUUUGUUCAUCACUUUCACUUGCAAUCAGAAGUGGCCUGAAUUACAAAGAGUAUUGACGCAACAGGGACUUAAACCAGAAGAUAGACCAGAUUUGCUUUGUCGUGUUUUUAAGAUUAAACUUGACCAAUUGAUUAAAGACAUAAAGGAAGGCAAAAUAUUUGGCAAAGUCAAGGCAGUUGUUUACACCAUAGAGUUUCAGAAGCGUGGAUUACCACAUUCCCACAUACUUAUUUUCUUGCAUCCUGAAUUUAGAUGUCGAACAGCCAAUGAUAUUGACAAAAUUAUAUCUGCUGAAAUUCCUGACAAAAAUCUUGAUCCUGUCUUAUUUCAAAUUGUAACGACACUGAUGAUACAUGGUCCCUGCGGACGUCAAAAUAAGAACUCGCCAUGCAUGCAGAGUGGAAAAUGCACAAAACAUUUUCCUAAAAGAUUUGUUGAUAGUACUACAAUCAGUGACGAUGGAUUUCCUUUAUACAAAAGAAGAGAUAAUGGUAUCACUGUAAAGAAGGGUGGUAUUGAAGUUGAUAACAGGUUUGUUGUACCUUAUAACAGAAAUUUGUUAUUGAGAUAUAAUGCUCAUAUAAAUGUUGAGUGGUGUAACCAAUCCCGUUCUAUAAAAUAUCUCUUCAAAUAUGUCAAUAAAGGUCAGGAUCGUGUUACGGCAACAUUUUAUCAAAGUGCUGGCCAAGGAGAGAAAAGAUGCGUAGAUGAGAUACAAUUGUAUUAUGAUUGCAGAUAUUUAUCCUCAUGUGAAGCAGCUUGGAGAUUAUUUUCCUUUGAUAUCAAUCAUAGAGAACCUGCCGUUGAGCGUUUGUCUUUUCACUUGCAAAAUGAACAGUAUUUAGUUUUUGAGGAUGAUGUUCCAUUGCAAGAUGUAAUCAACAAUCCAAACUCCCACGUGACAAAAUUCUUGGGUUGGAUGGAUGCAAAUAGAAAAUAUCCUGAAGCAAGGGGCCUUACAUAUAGUGAAUUUCCUUCAAUGUUUGUUUGGAAUAAACGUAGCCGUGAGUGGACAAAGAGAAAAAAAGGAUUUGCAAUUGGAAGAUUACAAUUUAUUCAUCCAGGAAGUGGUCAACUAUAUUACAUGAGAACCUUGCUUAAUCAUAUCAGAGGAGCAAAAUCAUUUAAAGAUAUUAGAACAAUAAACAAUGUUGUUUAUGACUCAUUUAAAGAUGCUUGCUAUGCUCUGGGAUUGUUGCGCGAUGAAAAAGAAUUCAUUGAUGCCAUCAUAGAAGCAAGCCAUUGGGGGACAUCUUAUUAUUUAAGGAAGCUUUUUGUAACCUUAUUGGUUCUGGACCAACUUAACAAACCAGAAUUAAUUUGGAGCAAAACUUGGCAAUAUAUGAGUGAUGACAUUUUGUACCGGCGAAGAUUAGAACUCCAAAUUGAAGAUUUAGUUUUGACUGAUGAGGAGUUACAAAAUUUUGCUCUUGCUGAGAUAGAGAAAUUACUACAAAGCAAUAACACAACUUUGAAAGACUUUCCUGCUAUGCCACAACCAGAUAUGUCAUUGUUAUCUAAUGGUCAGAAUAGACUCAUACAAGAUGAACUUAAUUAUGACAGACAAGCUUUGGCUAUCGAACAUGAAAAGUUGGUGUCAUCGAUGACUUCAGAGCAAAGAGGGAUAUAUAACAGUAUAAUGCAAUCAGUUGCUCGAGGUAAAGGUGGACUUUUCUUUGUCUAUGGAUAUGGGGGAACAGGAAAAACUUACAUUUGGAGAGCUAUAUCUGCAGCUAUAAGAUCAAGAGGUGAAAUUGUGCUCACUGUUGCUUCAAGUGGAAUAGCAGCGUUGCUAAUACCAGGUGGUCGAACUGCACAUUCAAGGUUUGCUAUUCCAUUAAAUAUUGAUGAAUUUUCUACUUGCAACAUUGCACCAAAUAGUCCUUUAGCUCAGUUGAUAAUUAUGGCUAGACUUAUUAUUUGGGAUGAGGCUCCAAUGAUGCACAAAUAUUGCUUUCAAGCUGUUGAUAAAACUUUUAGAGAUAUUCUCAAGUCCUCCAAUCCUAAUAGUAGAAAUAUUCCAUUUGGAGGUAAAGUAGUUGUUUUGGGUGGUGAUUUUAGACAAAUUCUUCCUGUUAUACCGAAGGGAACAAGAGAAGAUAUUGUGCAUGCCAGCAUUAAUUCAUCUUAUCUAUGGGAUUUUUGUCAAGUAAUGACAUUAACCAAGAACAUGAGGCUUCAAACUGGAUCGUCAGGAUCUGAUGUAAAUCAGAUGAAGCAAUUUUCUGAUUGGUUGUUGAGCAUUGGAGAAGGAAAAAUUGGCGAGGAUAAUGAUGGAGACUUAAACAUUGAAAUUCCGGAUGAUAUGAUAAUUAAAAAUUCAGGAGACCCCAUUGCUUCUAUAGUUGCUGAUACUUAUCCAUCUUUCUCUGGGAAUUUUCAUGAUCCAUCGUAUUUUCAAGAUAGGGCUAUUUUGACACCAAAAAAUGAAGUUGUUGAACUCAUAAAUGAUUACAUGUUAUCUUUGAUUCCUGGUGAAGUUAAAACAUAUUUGAGUUUUGAUACACCAUUGGAACAAAGUGAAACUCUUGAUGGUCCAUAUAAUAUUCUUACUCCUGAAUUAUUGAAUACCAUCAAAGCUUCAGGCCUACCAAAUCAUCAAUUGAAAUUAAAGGUUGGUGUGCCUGUUAUGUUGCUCAGAAAUAUUGACCAAUCAUCAGGAUUAUGUAAUGGCACGCGUCUCAUUAUUACUCAACUGGGAAAUUUUGUGCUUGAGGCGAAGGUCAUUUCUGGAAAUAAUAUUGGCCAAAAAGUGUUUAUUCCGAGGUUGUCAUUGACUCCUUCUGACAUGAGAAUUCCAUUUAGAUUUCAGCGCAGACAAUUUCCCAUAUCUGUUUCUUUUGCAAUGACGAUAAAUAAGAGUCAAGGUCAAUCUCUUAAACAUGUUGGGAUCUACCUUCCACAAUCUGUUUUUACCCAUGGUCAGUUAUAUGUUGCAGUUUCUAGAGUUACUUCACGAGAUGGUUUAAAACUUCUUAUCACUGAUGAUGAUGGUAAUGCCACUAAUAAGACUUCAAACGUUGUUUAUAAGGAGGUCUUCCAAAAUAUGAACAACUCCAUUGGUUGA